AUGCAUGGAAUACCAAAAGGUCGAUUGUUUGCCAUUUACUAUCCUGUUAUUGCAGCGAUUGGCAUUCCAGCAAACAUCGCAGUAAUUUUGGUCCUGGUACGAGGAAGAUGCGGGCUGUCGAAAUGUAUCACUUUCUAUCUGGUGGCGAUGGCAGUGACGGAUCUUUUCGUUCUCAUCGUGGCUGUGGUAUUAAACCGUAUUAUGGCAAGGCUGGUUGAUGACCUUAUUGAGGUUCACGAAAGAAUGAAAAGCGCAGAUAAGUUAAACGAUAUCAGAGGAGCGGUCAUUUGCCAGGCACCAGGCCUCGAACUCUUCCACCUCCUCUUUGAAGGCCGUUUCAUCGUUGUUGGUGAUGUGCCCCACCACUGUCAUGUCAUCGGAGAAACUGACGAUGUGACUGCUCAGACCGUGCAGUCAUGUGUGAGCAGACGGGUGCUUUUGAAGACCCUGACAUGGAGUUACACACAAGCUUCGUUUCAUUGCCGGAAUAGGACCCGUUCUCGGGAUUCUACGACUGGACGCUAUUCGACAUGCCAAGGGUUUGGCCUGAGAAUCUCUAUCGUGUUCGGCAGCCUAAGAUCUCGGGGCUCUGGAGACGGGCGGAUCGAGACUAAUUUAGUAGCGAUUGUGAUUCUUUCCCGAGGAAGGUGCAGUCUGUCCAGAUGCAUUACUCGGUACCUAGUGUCCAUGGCCGUGGCUGAUCUGCUGGUCGUGAUCACGGCGGUGAUAUUAAAUCGCAUUCGUGGAAUUUAUUUCCCGCGAAGUUUUCUGACCCAUACUACAGGUUGUACUGUUACUGCCGUCAUAACCUAUGCAGCCAGGGACAGCUCCGUCUGGUUGACUGUCGCUUUCACGUUAGAUCGAUACAUAGUCAUUUGUUGCGCAAGUUUGAAAAGAAAAUAUUGCAACGAGAAAACAUCGGUAUUGGUGAUCGUUACCGUCUGUGUCUUUAGUUUGCUUAGAAACAUACCCUGUUAUUUUAUGUAUGAACCAUUGUAUGUAUUAAAGGGUGUACCCUGGUUUUGCAGCAUAAGAUCAGUGUUUUAUAUUUCAGUUGGCUGGGCAGCAUUUGACUGGCUAAAUAAUAUUUUAACCCCAUGUGUACCCUUCGUUCUAAUCUUGCUGCUCAACGGUCUGACAGUCAGGCAUAUCCUAGCAGCCAACAAAGCUCGGCGGAGACUCCAAGUACGUAACAAAGGAACCGAUCAAAGUGACCCAGAAAUAGAGAACCGGAGGAAGUCCAUCGUUUUAUUGCUGUCCAUAUCGGGGACUUUUAUCCUAUUGUGGAUGACAUAUGUUAUAAACCUGCUGUUUGUGCGAUUGACAAAGAGUAGCUAUUUUGAAGGACUGGAUUUUAACGACCCUAGAUUCAUACUGCAGGAAAGUGGAUAUAUGCUUCAGCUUUGGAGCUGUUGCACUAACACGUGCAUCUAUGCAGGCACUCAGAGGAAAUUCAGAGAGGAGUUAAAAGAUGCGACGAAAUAUCCGUUCCGCUUAAUCUGGAAGUUAAUGAAUUAA